GCAUUGCGCAGUCGGUUCGCGCAUCCUCCACUUGACGAGAUCACGGACCCUGUUUCGGCCGUUUCUCUUCACUCGAUCGGCCAUGAUCCUGAGCGCCGUGUCAAAAGCAGUCGCUGGGGCCUUGAGGGCUUCUAAGCCGUCCCUUCUACAAAAUGAAGUGGCGAAGGUGUCGGGCGUCCUUACUGUCAAUAGAAGGGAUUACGUAGCCAAAGCUGCGGCUGCAUCUAAGAGUGGUACGCAAGGAAAGGUAGUUGCUGUUAUUGGUGCUGUUGUUGAUGUACAGUUUGAAGAUGCUCUCCCACCUAUCCUUAAUGCGUUGGAGGUGCAAAACCGUACUCCUAGGCUGGUACUUGAAGUUGCCCAGCAUCUUGGAGAGAAUACAGUGCGCACCAUUGCUAUGGAUGGUACUGAAGGUUUGGUACGUGGCCAAAGUGUCUUGGACUCUGGAUAUCCCAUUCGUAUUCCUGUGGGUGCUGAAACCUUGGGUCGCAUCAUCAACGUCAUUGGUGAACCGAUUGACGAGCGUGGACCCAUCCCAACUGACAAACUGGCGCCUAUUCAUGCGGACGCUCCCGAAUUCGUAGAGAUGUCGGUCGAGCAAGAGAUCUUAGUUACAGGCAUUAAAGUCGUGGAUCUUCUGGCACCUUACGCCAAGGGUGGAAAGAUCGGUCUCUUCGGUGGUGCUGGAGUCGGUAAAACCGUACUUAUCAUGGAACUGAUUAACAACGUAGCCAAAGCUCACGGUGGUUACUCUGUGUUCGCUGGUGUAGGUGAAAGAACGCGUGAGGGCAACGAUUUGUAUCAUGAAAUGAUCGAGUCCGGUGUCAUUUCUCUCAAGGACAAAACAUCCAAGGUAGCGUUGGUCUACGGACAAAUGAAUGAGCCGCCAGGCGCUCGCGCCCGAGUGGCCCUUACUGGACUCACUGUCGCAGAGUAUUUCCGAGAUCAGGAAGGUCAGGAUGUACUAUUGUUCAUCGAUAACAUCUUCAGAUUUACCCAGGCUGGUUCUGAGGUGUCCGCUUUGCUGGGUCGUAUCCCAUCCGCCGUAGGUUACCAACCGACGUUAGCCACUGAUAUGGGUACUAUGCAGGAACGUAUUACUACGACAAAGAAGGGAUCUAUUACUUCCGUGCAAGCCAUCUACGUGCCUGCUGACGAUUUGACAGAUCCCGCCCCUGCCACUACCUUUGCUCACUUGGACGCCACCACCGUAUUGUCUCGUGCCAUUGCCGAGCUUGGUAUCUAUCCGGCUGUCGAUCCUCUUGACUCUACGUCCCGUAUUAUGGACCCUAAUAUUAUCGGCACGGAGCAUUACAAUAUCGCUCGUGGCGUACAAAAGAUUCUCCAGGACUACAAGUCGCUUCAGGAUAUCAUUGCCAUCCUUGGUAUGGACGAGCUGUCCGAAGAAGAUAAGCUGACGGUCGCUCGUGCACGUAAAAUCCAGAGAUUCUUGUCCCAGCCAUUCCAGGUCGCCGAAGUAUUCACUGGUCACGCAGGCAAACUAGUACCAUUACAAGAAACCAUUAAAGGCUUCCAAAAGAUCUUGGCUGGAGAAUUAGAUCAUCUGCCGGAAGUAGCAUUCUAUAUGGUUGGUCCAAUUGAGGAAGUAGUAGCGAAAGCAGAAUCGUUGGCCAAACAAUAAAUUAACUUACAGUCAUCGUAAAUGCGUCAUUAAAGAUUUAUUUGAUCGUUAUGCGUUCGCAAAACCGUGACCUUCCAAUGAAAUUUACAAUCUCGCUUGUCCUCUUCGACUUUUUCAGGAUUUUUAUCAUAUUGCUUCAAACGGUAGAAGUGAAAAUUCUCAUCAAUUUCUCUUAUAAUCUAUAACAUAUAUACGAUUAUAAGAAAUUAAUACUUUGUAAUUAUAAGUCUAUUAUCAUAUAAUAGACUAAUCACAAUAUUACCGAAUCGCUUCAUGAACGACUUGAAAAGUCGCUUUGCCUCUUAUGUUCCUCUUACCAUAAAAACAAUCGUUCAAAAUUACAACUAAACACGUAUUAAAACAAAAUAUAAACUGAUCGGAAUACAUACUAGCACAUUUUACUUCUGGUCUUCAUAAUUUCAUCGAUAAUCAUGUUAUUAACGUAUACCGUAGAAUCAACGGUAUAUGUGUUAGACGUUAAUAAAAGUUUUACAAAAACA